AUGGCCACUUGCGCCUUGCUGACUUUGGCAGUUGUAUGCGACUUGGGCCUGAUGGCAAGCCGAACGGCCGUUGGAACCCCAGACUACAUCUCACCUGAAAUCUUGACCUCAAUGGAGGGACGAGGCAAAUACGGCACUGAGUGCGAUUGGUGGUCAUUUGGCGUCGUCAUCUACGAAGACCUCAUUCGAAGCCUCCUUUGUGAAACGGGCAAACGACUUGGCCAAAAGGGCUUGGAAGAUUUCAAAGGCCAUCCCUUCUUCAAAGGAGUCGACUGGGAGGCGCUGCAAACUGGCCCCGCGCCCUACAUGCCCCAACUCGUCGGUGCCACUGACACCAGCAACUUUGAUGAGGUUGACGUCAAGUCUGAUAUUGUGGCACGUCCCAGUCAGCCCAAACAAUUCAGUGGCCAACAUUUACCCUUUGUUGGUUAUACUUUUAGUCGAGAAACGCCAACUGUAGCCCUUCGCAAUCGUCGCAAUAGCGUGCUGGUCAAUCGCGCCAGCAAGCUAGAGGCACAGGUUCGGGAACUGCAAGACAAGCUGCACAGUGCUCAACAUAGUGAUACCACAAACAACCUUAAUGGAUCGGCAGCCGCCGUGGAUCUAGAGGCACUUAAAACCCGCAUCUCGAAGCUAGAGGCCGAUGUUCAGCGUCGAAGCGCUGAGAAUGAGAGCUUGGAAGCGACUGUAUCCGAGCUGGAGCGCAAAAAUCGCGUCAGUCAGCGGCAACAGGCAGAGCUCGAAGCUGAAUUGGAGGAGGUCAACAAGCACGGGACUACACUUACAGCACAGCUUGGUACGCUGCGCCGCAACGUCGCUGAGCUGGAGAAUGAGCUGGACUUGGCCACGACGCGCGAAACAGCGCUGCGUGCUGAUGAAGCACAGCUUCGUCGGCGGGUCAGCGUCAAGGAGGAUGAAGUCUCAGAAUUAGAGGCGCAACUCCAGGCUCAACUUGGACUCAUACAAACCUUACGCUCAGAAAAGGCUAGCCUUGAGUCUGAGCUUCACGGACUCCGCGCACAGUCCAACAGUGGGUCUAGCACGGACCUGACAGCCGCAUACGAGGAGCUCCAGCACAAAUCGGAUCUACAGGUUGCUUCGCUGCAGGAGCGCGUCGCUGCAUUAGAGGAGGAGCUUCGCCGAAGCCAGCGUGAUGUUCGCUUGGCAGGUGAAGACAAAGUUGCAGUGCAACAUGACCUUGAACAACAGCGCCGUGAGGUGGAACGGCUGCAGUCCAGUACCAGCACACUUCUCGAGGCACGUACAGCACUUCAAGAACGUCUGGACCAAGCCGAACGCGCAGCAGCUGAGGCUGUGGAUGCCCUGCAGCGCGAAACUGAGGCUUUGCAGUCAAGCUUACAUGACAUGAGCGAGCAGCAUGAGCAUGCCUUGCAGCGAAUUGAUGAGCUGCAGAGUCGUGACGCUGGCUCAGAAGCUCAGCAAGAUCUCAUCGCUGCCCUCACGACGGAGUGCGAGGAACUGCGCACGCGCCUGGAGGAGCUAGACGCCACUAAUGCUGCACGUGCUGAUGAGAUCGCCCAGCUUGCUGCGGGAACUCAGCUGUCAUCAGAAGCGGAAGCUUUGAUUGAGCAACUGGAGGCACAGCUCGAUGAGCAUCGUGUGGAGCAGCAGUCGCUUUUGGCUAAAAUCCAUGAGCUACAGCUUCAGGUUGAAGAACUCAAACAACUGCAUAGCUCGCCCGAGGCCGCCUUUGAGCGCAUGCAGUGGCAAUUGCGUCGUACACAAAAGGUUGAUCGUCAAGAGAUUCGAACACUCCAGCAAGAUUUGGCAGCCCAGAACCAAGCCAAGGUUGACGCGGAGCAGCGUGUGCAGGUUCUCAGUGCCCAAGUAGCUGCGCUACAGGCCGACAUGACUGAAAGAGACCGCGAGGGACAAUUGGCCCAAUUGUUGCAAAGCGCUUCCGGGGAGAAGGAACGAUUUUCACCGCGCAAGAUGUCUGGCCAUUCCUUGGAAACAGGCUCAACUGUGUCGCGCGAGUCAGCCAAUAGCCUGCGCCCGGGACUUACUUUCACGGGGAUCCUUGAUGCAGGCAAAAACCCCUCGGGCACCAGUUUGGCUGGUCUUGACGACGAUGAAGUGGAGGUGGCUCCGUUCCAAUGUGACUUGAAAAUUCCUAAACCAGGGGGAAUCAAGAAGGGUUGGACACGAGCGUAUGUGUAUGCCCGUCAGGGUACACUGUACGUGUAUGAGUAUGACAGCAACCCUACUCGAGAGGUACCUGACUUGCCAGAGCCGCUGAAGCCCGUCAACCCUGGACUGCCAACCCUUCAGUCCCAUCCCCGAUGCAUGGUGGAUUUGAUUCGGCAGCAGCUGCGGAUUAGACCUGCUGAAGAGGAUGACGUAAUUCACGCCAACGCCAAGGAUCUGCCGCGCAUUUUUCUGCUGGAAGCUCCCGGUGGAGACCCCACAACCCCGCUUCGGUUUUUCUUCAUGGCCGGUUCGGCCGAGCAACAGGCCACGCGCAUCCUGCAGCUGACGCAGUACAUCAAGGCCGUCAAUUGCGAUGUCCCUGAGGCCGUGGCGAUUCAUUGCGUGGUUGCCAAUCUAAAAUCAGUGACGUGUGCUGCCCGCCUUGAUGACCGCUCACUGCUGGCUGUUUCCAACGAUGGUCUGGUGGUGGCAAAGGAAAAUGGUGUCGAACGCAUCUUCACGGAUAAGCGAUUUCAGCAUGCCACACAGAUUCUAUGCUUGGAGAAGCCUGCCUUUGCAACAGCCAUUGUCUAUGGGAAGACGCCUCAAGUGCGCUAUUUCCAUAACAUUGUUCAAUCAAUCCGCAAGCGCGACUACGGCACCAAGUUGCCCGAAACUCGAGGCUGCUCAUUGGCUACCCUCGCAACUUUUGCCGGAUUGCCGAUUCUGGCCGUAGCCAAGCAGAACAAGAUCUUGGUAUUCACUUUUACGGAGCACGGCGAAUACAAUUUGCAAAACUCUCUGGACAUCGAGCGGGCUGUGAACUUUCUGCGGUUUAUGCGCGACCAGCUCAUCGUCGGUUUCGGCCAGACAUUUGUGUCAUUUGACUUGCGGAGCGCCAACUCGUCCCGAACCCGACAGGCUUUGCUCUCCACAGGUUUUUCUGAACUGAGCUUUGCGUUUCCGCCCCUCUCCACGCUCGUGGAGCUGCGCCCCAUGGCAGCCUUCUGCAUCUCUGCUACAGGCACGGGAGACGAAGAAGUCGUGGAGUACCUGCUGUGCUUCAACCGAUGCGCCGUGUUUGUUAACCAGCUGGGCAUCCCCGUGCAUGCACGACCUACGCUCAAAUGGCGAAGCGAGCCCCAGGCAUUUGACGUCAUUGGCAACUGUCUCACCGUCGUCUCGGCAGCAGGCUUGGAGGUACUUUCUCUUGCGACAGGUGCUUUAGUCGAGGUUCACUGGCUCCCAGACUGCCAGCUACUGAGCUCGCAGCAUCUGCUCCUCCUUGUCACGACGCAAGGCCACAUCAUGCAGGGCUACUCACCCAAAGAAGACUCCCCGCUUGUAUUUGAUACCCGGCAACCGCAAGAGGGAUUGCGACGGGGCGGAUCGCUCCGCAGCCUUGGCUCACGCCGCCUGACGCUGGCACGCCGGGGUAGCCGUGCAUCAAACGACCGCCUCUCUACUUCGCUCAUAUCCAACCCCUCCAACUUUGUCCACGUGGGAACACACGAUGCCAACAUGACCGCCGAGCAAAUGGCACGCGCUGCGGCCUCGUUUUCACAGGUGUCAUCAGCCAGCACCUCGGCAGCGAGUUCGCAGCAGAGCUCGGCCGUGCCCUCACCGCAAAAGCGCUUGUCGGUGCCGGCCGCGUCGCAGCUCACGCCAAGUCCUACAGGCCCGAUACGUUCACAUACCAUCUCAGCCACCCGCCGAGCGCGGGCAGUUGACGCGAGCAUGGAAAGCCCGCGCACGCCAAUCCAAUCAACCAUGACUGCCAGCCCAGGGCGCGAUGUGUCGACAGUUCGGCGUGCGACGACCUCAAGCACAGGUAUUGGUGCUGGAGCGCGGCGUUUGCCUGACCUGACUCCCACGAAUGGACCACAUCCCACGGCAGCACAGCGGCGGGUGCCCAUGACUCGACGUCAAGCUCCAGCAGUUCGAGACUCAUUUGCCGUCUUUGCCGAGGCCAUCAAGUCAGCUCCAUCCGAUGACCUUGAUGAUGUGGCUGCGCGCGUGGCUGCAGUUUCUGGCGGCAGCUCGCGAGUGACUUCACAAAGCGUUGAAUCGUCGUCGGAAGCCUGA